GAGCAACGUGAGCAAUAUGAGUGGCUGAGCGGCUCGCGGUUUUUGGUGGGAUUUGGGCUGCUGCAGGCUGCAGUUAUGUAUUUUGUCAAACAAAGAUUGGGAAUUGCGUAAUAUAAUAUUGCUUAAUAUAAUUUCAACGUAUAUAAAGAUCUACGUAUUUCGUAUUACUUUGUAAACUGGCCGUGACGGCGCUAGUUCUAAAGCGCGAAAGUGAUGUUUUGAAAGUUUCCCCAAUGGCGAUGGCAUCCGCUGAGUGUGCCUCAGAUAGCGAGUCGAAAGAAUGUGUUAAAGAUGCCGAAGUUUUGCUUGAGUCUGUAAAGGAGUCAGUUCGAGAAUUGUAUGACUUCCGAGACAGUUAUUACGAGAAGCAUCCGGGAGCUACACAGGAGAUGAAAACAAACGAAAUUGACUGCAAACUAAAGUGUUUUCUCGCUACUCUUGAACAGAACCGAGCACAACUGGAGAAGGUGGACAAAGCAGUUUAUCUUAUGCUUAAAGGAAAGGCACUGAAUAUUCGCCAGGAGUAUGAAUCUGAAACGCAUGCCAUUCUAAGCAAGGCGGUCAAACUGAACCCAAAACUAGUUGAGGCUUGGAAUGAAUUAGGUGAAUGCUACUGGAAAAAUAACGAUCUACAGAAAGCUCUCAACUGUUAUGAAGGAGUUCUGAAGUCGACAAAAGACAAAGUUGCGCUUAGGAAUUUGUCAGUAGUUCUACGGCAGAUUAGUACAACACCAGAGCAGCAGACAAAAAAUAUCUGUAGCAGUCUUGCAAAGGCCAAAGAAGCAGUGGAACUUGAUGUUUCUGAUGGAGAGUCUUGGUGUGUUCUAGCCAUUGCAUAUAUCACUUUGUACUUCACUGCAUCAUUACAGCCAUCACAUCUGCAGCAGUCCUUGGCAGCUUUCAUGAGAGCACUUGAGGACCCUAAAAUGGUGUACUCUCCUGACCUGCACUACAACUACGCCAUGGCACUGAGGCAUCAAGAGGACUAUCAGAAUGCAUUGAAAAACUUUCAUCGUUCCUCAGUUUUGGAUCCUUACUGGACUGCACCAAAGGAAAAGUCUCAAUACCUGCUAAAGUACUUAACAAAUGUUGACGAGAUGAUCAAGAGCAAGGGUCAAACAAAGCAACGCAAAAUACAGACCAUGUUGGCUAACAUAAAGCCACGUCACUUGGGGCCAUUUAAAGAUCAUGCAACCAUCAAAGCUCUCGAGUUCAAUAAACUUAAGGCGGAAAGAAAUUCAGGCUGCAUUCUUGUUUGCAAAGUCCUCUGUAACAUUGUUUCAGAGGAAAAAUUCCCCCUCACAUUUUGUGCUGUAGAUGCAACUUCAACAUGUUUUGCUGUGACUGUUUACAAUAUGGCCAAAGGAAAGGGGUUCAUAAUAGGAGACACUGUGGUCAUUCCAGAACCAUUAGUGCACUUUGUACAAGUCACAUUUCAAGAAAAGGAAAUCUCCUUCCCAAGUGUGCGGGUUGAUUCCCCACUAGUUCUUGUGGUCAACGGACGUGUACUUAGUGCAGAAACUCAGAGCCCUCUUCAACUUGAAGUUUACAGAAAGAAAGAGUAACUGUGAAGCAUGAUCAUUAGUUGAACUGUGAAACUUGUGAUAAAACUCACAAUGGUACUGAUGAAGUAUGCCUGUUACAGUGCCACAUUUACAGCCCUCACUUUUAUAAUGUGUAGGGCGUUACUGUGCCGAUGAAUCUGUCUCCGUGUAUCUCGUUGCUUUUGUACCAAGUGGUUUUAACAGUUGAUAGAAUGCUGAGACAUUUUGGUAAAAAUAUUUGUCCUGUAAUCUUUCAAGCCACCUGUUGUACAUUGCACACUUUGCUAUGACAUUAUUAUUAUUAAAUACCAUUAUUAUGUUCAGUUUUAUAGCAGUUCACAACUUGGCUACAAGACAUAGUGGUGACAAUAAAGGAUGCACACACAGGC